AUGGCAUCUAAAAUAGAAACCAAAGUCUUAACCAGCGUUUAUGAGCGUGUGAUACAGUUCAAUCCACAUUUAGAUCCGAGAUUAAACCCGGCAGUACAUUAUGGAACAAAUACGCACCUGUUGGAGAUCAGAAAUGAGAUGGUCAAAGUUGGAAUCUUGAAACUCAAGGAGAGAAGGCAGAAGUUAUUCGAUUUGUUCAUCCAGGACUUUUUGCAAGAAGAAAGAGAACUGCGAUCUGUGGAUUUAGCAUAUAUAAACACUCAACCGUGA